UUUGUCAUCCACCUACCAGAACACAAAUCAAAUCUUUCAUAUACAGUAUGGUUCGGGAAGCUCUAUGGGGAUUAUUGGUGAGGAUGUCAUUGAGUUCGCAUCACUGUCAUACUCAAAGCAAAAGUUUGGCGUUGCGAUAUCCAUUGCAUCUAUAUUUGGUUACCAACCUGUAGAUGGCAUUAUGGGUUUGGCUUGGCCAUCACUAACUGGUGCAAGCACUGUUCCACCAGUUCAAAACAUUUUACCACAACUCGACCAACCGUUGUUUACGGUUUAUUACAAACGCAAUUACUUGUUUUCUAAUAAUGCGGUUGACGGUGGCCUGAUAACCUUCGGAGCGAUAGAUUUAGAACAUUGUUCAGAGAACAUUUUUUAUGUGCCUCUUUCUUCAAAAUCUUAUUGGCAGUUCACCAUUAACGGGUUUGCGUUCAAAUUACAUGUUAGUUUCGGCGAUUAUAAUAUGACUAAAAAUUAUGAAGCUAUUUCGGACACGGGAACAUCUUGGAUUGGCGGACCAAGCGCCGUUAUAGACGAACUAGCCGGUAUCGCUGGUGCCGUUUAUGAUGCUGAAGAUGAUAUUUACGUGAUUGAUUGUGACGAACAAAGUAAAGGAAAAAACUUGACCGUAACAAUCAAUGGCACAGAACUUUAUAUUCCAUCGAAUCAGUAUAUUAUCAACCUUGAUUUGGGGGAUAAUCAGUGUGCGAUGACGUUCUUUCCGAUUGACCUGUCCGGUUUUGGUCCGCAGUGGAUUUUUGGGGCUACAAUGAUCCGAACAUACUGUCAAAUAUAUGAUGUUGGUAACGGCCAACUUGGUUUUGCAACUGCAGUUCAAUAAUU